ACACGAGUUGGUGGUUGCCAUAACUCUUGCGCGUUGUUUUGAGGAGCUCUAUGGCAACAUUACAUGAAUCUGCGGUCACAACAGUGACAUGUCUACUGACGGUAAGCAACGGCGGCCCCCGAAGAAAGCUCAGACUCGAACAGGCGAAUCUGCGUGGCCUAAAAGACGCCGUGAGCAAGUGCCAACUGUUGUCCGUUGAGAUAGACUGCGACAAUGACAGAUUUCAGGUCCUCGACAAGGAGUUCAAUGAAUAUCUUGACCUGGUUGAUGAGGACAGCAUUCCUGAUUUGGCCAUCAUCCGGACUUUAAAAGCAGGCCAACUGUUUACAACACGCGAGCGUACUGUCCCAGGCAAUGGCCACAGCAAUUCCGAAGAAGCUGCUGAGCAAAGUUUCACCAUUAUAGCUAGCUGUGAUGAUGACGACAGCGGCAGCAAGUUUACACUACCAGACUUGAGUUUUUUAAAUUCUAGUUUGAACCUCAACAGCAGCAUCAGUUCCUUUGCCACAGUGAGGAUUGUUGACUCCUUGUUUCAAGAAAUGAUAAAACACACAAUCUACCCAUCGCGGCGCUUCUACCACGAUGUUGGGCUCAAACUAGUCGGACUCUACCCUCAACUGGGAGACACAUGCGGCAGUGGCCAUGAUUCCUGGGUCUUGCAUCUAAGAAAUAAAUUUAAAAACGAGAGGCGCAAGCUGCAAGUCGACCGAGUCAUGAAUGCCAGAGAAAAGUAUGGAGGAGGGUCCAAAAGAAGAGCUUUGGAGGGCGUUGUGCCUGCAGAAAACAGAGUGAAUGGCAUUUUGAUGCAAAGCCUGAAAACCACAGGUGAAGAUGAGACAAGCCUUGCGCAGCAUGAAGCAUGGCUUUUGUCAGAGUGGACCAAGCCAGAAAAUGCUGAACAAGUACGCUGCCGUCUGGGCCUUACGCACCUACAAAGAAUGAAAAGCUUGUGCCAAAUGAAGGCAGUUGAUGCGCUUGAAAAAUACCCCUACUUGCUUGACAUUGAAUGGUUUCUUCAUGACUUCAACCUUUUGGUCAAAAAAGACGGGCUAAAAGCCAUCGACGAAGCUUUUGAGAGAAUGCUGUGCCUCAUUCUUAAUGGUACAAUGGUGGCCAGAAGGAAAGAUUUGAAGGAAGUCCUUCAAGUGGAAUUAUCAUGUAUAAGUGCCAGGCGUCGAAAACCCAAGGUCAGCGGCUCCGCUACGAAUGACCUCUGA